CUAUUUCAAGCGUUCCCUUUAUUGAUUCGUGUACCGUUGUGUGAAAACAUACACAAGACACGAGCGAACACGCUCAUAGUCGCUCACUUUCAUCUACAGCUACCUACCUAGCUAGGUAGAGAGCUUGGUGACGAUGAUGAAUGGACGUCGUGGAUACACCGAAAUUGCGGCCGGCGAGACCGAACCCUUGCGGGAGACUUCCACUUCCAUGAUUUCCCCGUCUCGCACAACGGAUCCGUCUCCCCGGGGACGAAAUUUGGUCUGUGCAUUGGUGACGGUUGGUGUCCUCCUGGGAACCACUUUGGGAUGGACCCGCGUUCCGGAAGACCUCGACUCUAGCGUCCCCGUCGGAGUGCCCGAUUCACAGGAUCCCACGGCCGCCUCCUCCACGGACCGUUCCAUCCGGUACCGUCCGCUUUGUCAGUUUUACGACGACACGUCUACUUCCGUACGCAUGAUUCAAACUUCCCUCAAGGAACCGUCGCGGCAGUGGUCCGAUCAGCCAUGUUUCCCGGCAUCCCGGCACACUACAUUGUUUACCAACCAGCGUGGGCGUCCGCCGGUUUUGCCCUUGGACGCCUACGGCUCUCCCGACGCAAUACUACGUGUCAACUUUUCCGCGGUUGCAUUUCCCACACACCAGACGCCCAUCCUAGGAUUCGGUGGCGCCUUUACCGAAGCCUCCGGGCGGAAUUAUCAACGCCUUUCCGAACAGGGCAAGCAGGCCGUCAUGGAACUGUUGUUCGGGGCGCAAGGACUGGGAUACGCAUUGGGACGGGUCCACAUCAAUUCGUGUGAUUUCUCCGUCAAAAGCUACACCUUUGACGAUGUCGAGGACGAUUUCCCCCUCGACCACUUUGACGUUGGUGUCCACCACGACGUCGAAGUGGGUAUGGUGGAUAUGGCCUUGCGCGCCACGUCAAUCUUGCGUCAAGGCUGGCCGAGUGAGGACGCCUACGAAGGAAAUUUGCGACUCUACGCUAGUCCCUGGUCACCGCCGGCUUGGAUGAAAAAACCGACAUGGGAGGACGCCAAGAACGCCACGCACGCCGCAAAAAUGACCUACAGCGCCGAACCCACCUGUCUGCGCGAGGGCGUCGGUUCCCAAUCCCGCUACGCCGCUUCCUGGGCCCUCUAUUUCUCCAAAUUUGUCACUGCCUACCGAGACUUGGGAUUGCCGCUCUGGGGCGUGACGGUACAGAACGAACCGGAAUUCGCCGCACCAUGGGAAGCGUGUGCCUACACACCGACCACCCAGCACGAUUUUCUCACCAACCAUUUGGGUCCACAACUUGAACGAGAUCAUCCCGAUCUGAAGAUAUUCAUGUUUGAUCACAACAAGGAUCACAUCAAUAUUUGGGGGCAGAAAAUGCUCAACGCGUCGAGCAAUGCGUCCCGUUAUGUGGACGGGACCGCCUACCACUGGUACGCUGGAGGUAUGGACCGUCUCCUCGACGGUGCUCUGGGUAACGCCAAUCUACACCAGUUUCAAGAGGACAUGCAAACCUACGGGAUCCAAUCAAACCACAUUCUCUUCAAUUCCGAAGCGUGCCACUGCCCAACCACUGGCUACGCCGGUGGCGACAUUAACAUUUACUGGGCGCGGGCGGAGCGCUACGCCCACACGAUACUGGCCGACCUGGCGGCUGGUAGUCAUGGUUGGGUGGAAUGGAAUCUACUCCUCGACAGUAUCGGCGGACCUAAUCAUCUAGGGAACUUGUGUGAGUCGUCCCUUCUGGCCGUCCCCCACCGCGCUUUGAACGCAGAUCCCCAUACACCACCUCUGCCCGACUUUGAAACCGACGGGCCUAUGGGCAAGGUGAAUAUCGGAGACGGUAGGACUCGGGAAGAACUCAACGCUCUUGGUUUUCCCGCCAAGUUUCUAGACGUUGGCGUUGCCGUUCAGCCAAUUUACUACUACAUGGGACACAUCUCGCGCUACGUUCGACCGGGAUCGGUAGCGGUGCCCGGGCUCGUCACGGCCAACGCGCAACCUGGCGUCCGGAUAUUCCGGCCAUCCGGGCAAGUGGUGGUCGGCGGCGGGGAGAACGAUUUGGCUCGGCACGGUAUGGAGAUUACGGCCUGGCCGUGUGAAGGGUCCACCCGACAGCACUUUACCUGGAACGCCGAUUCGAAGCGACAUAUUCAGGUACAAGGGCACGACUGGCUUGGGAAUCCAACCAAGUCCUGUUUUGCCCGUAAAUCCGACCCCUCGCUGGGCACGAUGAGUUUGACGGAUUGCAAACCGGGACAAGUGGGAAUCUACGAUAUUGUUCCAAUCGCGGAGAAGGAAGGCGAUCAAAGAUUCUUCCAAAUUGUUUUGACGAAUCAUCCCAAACUCGAUCGACCCUGUUUGAUCAUCCACCAAUUGGGCAAUGACGGCGGAGCUUAUGGUCCCCGAGGUGGGGCUCCCGUCACCUUGGGUAGCUGUUCAUCGAAAGCAGCCAGGUGGAAAGUGGACGAGACAACAGGCGAAGCCUCGUCUACCUUCUUCUCGGACGAUGACGGCAACGAAAAUGAGGUGUGCAUGACCACAGGUUGGCCCUUUCUACAAAUGGGAGCUUUCUUAACGCCAAACGGGGAAGUGCCUAAGACGGUAGUGAUUCUCAACGAAGCCAAAGAAUCGGCCAAUUUUGCUAUUCAAGAUCAAGAUAAGGUUAUCGUCACAGCUUCUAUUCCUCCGCGAUCCAUCCAGACUAUCCUUUUGCAGUAAAGUUGCAUUGCAUGCAGAUUAUUUUGGUCGAUUGACGAAGACCAAAGUAUUGGAGCACUUUAUAGUUAGAAAGGAAAGCAGGUCUUGGUCUAAAAUGCGACAAUGUACAACGUCUAAGUACACUAGAGCACCUAUUCUAUUUCAUUGUAAGAAACGAAGUGUCAAGAUUGC